AUGUCAAGUGAAACCCGGUCCGGAGAAAAGCCGAGUCACGUGCGCCCGCGGCCCGGAAGUUCCUCUUCUGCAUUUAUCACAAAAGACAGCGACAACUUGUUGAUGUCUGCCGAAGAAACAAUGCAAGCUCCGCCGGGUCAUGCCACGGGGCACAACAGCAGAGAAACCAUGGAAUCGCCAUUUGAUGACAGCGCCCAAGCCGACUACAGUUCAGGCGGAGGAUCCGAGUCGGAGUCAGAAGAAGAGGAUGAGAUAGAACUCAAGAAGAAGAACAGAAGGCCGCCGGAGAACAGUUUUUCGCAGCAGAGAUUGAAGGCUGUCAACCCUGUGUUCUCUUUCAAAACGGUCACACCCAUUCUUAUGCUUAUCGGAAUCAUUUUCAUUCCGCUCGGAGGCGCCAUGUGGUUGGCUUCUCACCGAGUCGAAGACAUGAUGAUCGACUACUCCCAGUGCGAAGUGGAGGCGUCACGGGACCACUGGUCGCCGAUCCCGGCAAAUUACACCACAUACCACUUCAAAAACACCAAGUACGCCGAUGUGACGACUGCGCAGUGGAAGUUGGAUGUGGAUGAGACCCAGGCAUACGAUGACGAGAAAAACGUGUGUCGGAUCCAGUUCCAUGUGCCUCACAAGAUCAAGGGCCCGCUUUACUUUUUUUACCGCUUGGAAAAAUUCCACCAAAACCAUAGAAGGUACGUCAAGUCUUUCUCCGAGGACCAGCUCAAAGGUACUGCAGCGUCAGUGAGCCAGAUCAAGGACACGGUUGGAUUGAACUGCGAGCCACUCUCGUUGGACGAGAACGGAAAAAAGUACUACCCAUGCGGCUUGAUUGCCAACUCCCUUUUCAAUGACACGUUCACCAAUACUUUGCAGGCAGUGAAUGGAAGCUCCUCUGACUACGAAAUGACAACAAAGGGCAUUGCAUGGAAGUCCAACGGCAACCGCUUCAAGAAGACGAAAUACGAUUACCGUGAUAUCUCUCCUCCUCGUAACUGGAUCAAGAAGUUCCCCAACGGAUACAAUGCGACCAAUGUCCCAGACAUUCUGAAGUGGGAAGAGUUCCAAAACUGGAUGUUCACGUCGGGAUUGCCCAACUUCAACAAAAUGGUCAUGCGCAACGACAAUCAAGCUAUCGAGGAAGGAAUCUACGAAGUGUCUAUCGGCUUACACUUCCCUGUUUUGCCUUACAAGGGCAAGAAACUUAUUUUCCUUUCACAGCGGUCAGCUAUUGGUGGAAAAAAUUACUUUUUGGGAUACGCAUGGAUCGUAUGUGGCGGAAUCUGUAUUAUCUUGUCGUUGGUCUUGUUGACCGCACGUCUUGUCAAGCCCCGCAAGACGGGCGACGAAAACUGGCUUAGUUGGAAAAAGGAGGAGAUUGCUCUGCGCGAGUAA